AUGGUACGGCAUUUUCGGAACGAAAGCUCAAAGUACCUUUCUUGUUCCUUACUGAAGGACAAAAAAGAGUCUCCGCAAACAUGCCAACUUGAGUCUGUGGAGGGUGGAGGUAUUAUUUUAAGGUCUUCGAAGUUUAAAAAAUCCAUUAAUGCGCUGGACGUUUUGAGCAUAUACCAAUCUUCGACACAAUUGGUAUUGAACAUCUUGGAUGGUUCAACAGUUACUCUCACCGUGCCACUCGACACACGGACACGAUCAGAACCUAUUAGCAUCGUAAAAAGUAUUUUGAAUGUGUGGAAGAAGUAUUUUCCGUCUUAUAAUUUUUGUGGUGAAGCAAUUCACGUCGAUGGCAACGAUGAGCUUAAACUGCCUACUUUUGAAAAUGCGUGUAGAAUUCCAAAUGUCUGUGAGGCAGUUAAGCAAGGUUUUUCUUACGUGCACAAACGGUUUGGAGAAAAAUGUGAUAAUAACGAGAUUAUAGAGCUGCUUGGAUGUAAUGAACGCAAAUAUUUGAGAUUCCCUGAUGUUGUUCCCUAUUUUCCGUACAAUAUGCCUAAUUUCGCAAUCUGUCCACUUCUUACGCCGUCUUUUUUUACUGUUUUUGAUUUAGGCUACGUAAAGAUGGAUGAAGAUUUCAUUCAUCUUUGUUCAAUCGGACUCCGAACCAACAAAGCACUCAGAUCAAUAAUUUUUCGGGAUUCGCAAAUUGACAGUGACGAACUUAGGUGUCUUCUACGAAGCCUACCCAAUAGUUUUAAACUACGAAAAUUGGAUGUAACUUCCAAAGAACCCUUGUUUUCAAAGGUUUUUGAAGAUUUGAAGCCGAAAAUCUACCAGCAGUUAGUUGAUCUUCGUAUUGGUACCAAAAAAAUCGACGAUGGUACAUUUAUGAGGACAAUUGCACACAUCAAACCAAAAUCUUCUGAAAAACUCCCACUGCGGCGAAUCGUUUUGUCCGGUACUUGCAUUCGUUCGCCGGCACUGCAAGAACUUACUUUACUGGCGCCCGAACUUCGUGUACUCAUUUUGGAUCGGUGUGACCUAGGUAUUUCCGAGAUUUGCUCCGCAUUGGAUUCUUCGGAUUGCGCACGACUGGAAGUUUUGAGUCUGGCUGAAAGCAAGUUCGUCAGGUCCGAAACAGUUGUACAGAACUACUUUACCUCCUUACGAUUUCUACAAGUGCUCUCUUUGAGGGGAACCUCCGGCAAAGCUGCCUACGACGUGUUGAAGUUGAUCUUCAGCGGUCUCUGCCACGUCAAAAAUCCCGUCUACAAUCAACUGGAUUUGGACUUAAGCGAAUGCAAACUGGAUGCCAAGGUGGCCGAACUAAUUGCACAAUACAUACCGAAAGUAGCGCACCUUACGAAAAUCUCCCUUACCGAAAAUGCCUUCAAGGAUAAAGUUGUUGAUAUCAUCCAAUGCCUGCCUAAAUGUCCACGUCUUCAGCAUGUCACUUUGGGCAAUAAAGGGAAGCCUAACGGAUCGGGUUUCUUAAAGAAACUGACAGAGGCACUUUCGCUUUCUGAAUGUAAAGUGGCUAAAAUAACCUUGCACCCACUGGGGAGUAACGAGGAGAUGUGCGAGUUCCUGAAAUCUCUCGCAAAUCUUGGCAAGAAAUUGGCCUACCUUGAUAUCUCGGAGUAUACACUUAAAGACGAGGACUCGAGGUGCAUCUUGGAGCUGAUCCAAUACCACGACCCUAAGACUCCCCUCACUCUCACAUUCAACGCCUCCUUUUUCAGCGAUGAUACCUGGACAGCUCUAGGGGGCUUGGCAAAGCGCAAGCGGUUCUUGAUUAAUCAAUGUAACAAGCCUGUCAUCGUUCUACAGCAGUCGGAUGUCGAUGUAAAAGGCCUUCUGGAGCUAGACAAAUUCAGCGAUGCUAUCAUAACACCAUCACCAGAACUGUGCGAUGCCGACCUUGAACUAACGCACUUAGCUAUUGAACUCCAACGAAAAAUGCCUACGAGCAAUGUGGAGCAACUGGAACCCCAUUACCCCAAGAUUCAUCAGGCCAAAAUAGCCCUUCAAGAGUGCUCCAAACUACCUUCGAUGCACGUCGACCUCUUGGAUGCUGCUCUGGAUCCCGAGGCGUGUAAUCAUGCGGUUGAACAGGUGAUGGGGGAUAUCAGAGCUGUACUUAAGAAGUCCCUGCAAGCCUUCCAUGAAAAAAGUUGUCAGCGUCUGAAGGAUGUCGUGAACAACAAAUCCCUGCAGUCGUUUGCAUCAGUCGCGAAAUUCUCUCCUGCACAAAUCACAGAGAACUCUCUGGAACCCAUAUCUUGGUUGCUCAAUCAACAAGUUGAAAAUUCCGUUCGAUCAAUGUUUUUGGAUGCGAAUGUAAAAAUUGCAGAACAGAUGCUGUGCAAAGUGACGACUGGCCUGAAGGAUGACAUUGAAAAGUGUCUCGAUGGUUUUCCCGAACGAGUUGAUUUGAAACCCUUAAGAUCAGUUGAUACUAGAAAUCAAGAAUACAUAAAUUGUCCCGUGAGGUCUCAUACCGUGGCAGUAACUGCUCUAUACUUGAAUCCCAAGGCUUUUAAGAAUCUACCCUUGGAUGUGCCUUCUGGAUCGCCUGUUAAUAAAUCAAAACCAGCUGAUGAUCUACCCAUGAAUGCGACUUCUGGAUCGCCCGCUAAUAAAUUAAACCCAGUUGAUGAUCAGUCGUCGAGUGGAUUUCUAGCGCCACUUUCUCAUGCUCGUCCUGUACGUAAAAAAAAUCACAUGGCCACUACGAUCAUUCACACAUCGGCUUCCGAGGUUGUACAUGGACCCGUUGACACUGCCGAUCUUUUCCCAACUUCAAAUUUAUCCCCAAAGGAGGGUGAGAACCAAUCAGCAGACCCACCCGAGGGUGAUGUUGGACCGCCAUUGCCGACGAAGAUGUUUUCACAAUCUCCUUCAGUAAAACCUGGGGUUUCAGACAAAAAGGAUGGCGUUACCAUGAGACACAAUAAGCAAAAGGAAGCCACAUUGCAGAAAGCACCCAAACCUGCUAUAAAAUAUCCGCAAUUGACUGAUAUUGUGGCUUUGGAGCAUGAUAACCGUAAAAGCGUUGCCGAACUGACGAGUUGCUUCGAGAGGAGUAAUCCGAAUGGUUGUCAUGUAAAAUCUGUGUAUAGUCCACCGCUAAAGGACCCAAAUGGGUAG